AAGAGGUGUCAGUGUCCCAUUGGGUUUGCAGAGCCAGAGUGGCAGAUUUUUUCCCUCCUCCUUCUGAGAGGAGUUCACAUCACACAGAUGCUUCCCAAAGACUGUUUCACAAAGCUUUUCUAUUAUAGAAAGAAAUCUCCGCUGGAGGAGCUCCAGGAACAGAUGUUCCAAGGCACCAUUUAGCCUUUAUCAUAUGAAGACAUUCAAGAUGGCUUAUGCACCAGAAGACCAUCAAAUGAAUUGUCACAAUACUCGAAUGCAAGAUUCAGAAAAAGACGAUAACAAUAAUGAUGAAUACGAUAAUUAUGAUGAACUGGUAGCCAAGUCAUUGUUAAAUCUUGGCAAAAUUGCGGAGGACGCAGCCUACAGAGCCAGGACAGAAUCAGAAAUGAAUAGCAAUACGUCUAAUAGCUUGGAAGAUGAUAGUGACAAAAACGAAAAUGUUGGCCGGAAGAACGAGCUGAGUUUAGACUUAGACAGCGACGUUGUUAGGGAAACUGUGGACUCAUUGAAACUGUUAGCACAAGGACACGGCGUUGUGCUUUCAGAAAAUGUCAACGAUAGAAAUUAUGCAGACCUGUCUCAGCAAGAAAAUAGAAACAUGAACUAUGCGAUGCUAGGGAAGACUGCAAACAACGGCCUUCCUGAGAAAAUGGUGGAAGAGAGUGACGAGGAGGUCUGUCUCAGCAGCUUGGAAUGCUUGAGGAAUCAAUGUUUUGAUUUGGCCCGCAAACUCAGUGAGACAAACCCACAGGAAAGAAAUCAACAGCAAAACAUGAAUUCUCGUCAACAUGUCCGGCAAGAAGAUGACUUCCAAGGAAGGACACCUGAUAGGAAUUAUUCUGAUAUGAUGAAUUUAAUGAGGCUUGAAGAACAGUUGAGCCCGAGAUCUAGAACUUUUUCUAGUUGUGCGAAAGAGGAUGGGUGUCACGAAAGAGACGAUGACACCACUUCUAUUACCUCAGAUAGAUCUGAAGAGGUGUUCGAUAUGACAAAAGGGAACUUAACGCUACUCGAGAAAGCGAUUGCUUUAGAAACGGAAAGAGCAAAAGCCAUGAGGGAAAAAAUGGCAAUGGAAGCCGGGCGGAGGGAUAAUAUGAGAUCCUAUGAAGAGCAUUCUCCAAGGCAGCUUUCUGGAGAUGAGAGGAAAUCCAAAUCCAGUGAUGGCCAUAUCAAAAAGCCAUAUUAUGGUAAAGAUCCCUCAAGAACAGAAAAGAAAGAGAGCAAAUGUCCAACCCCUGGGUGUGAUGGAACAGGCCAUGUAACGGGGCUGUACCCCCAUCACCGCAGUUUGUCAGGAUGCCCACACAAAGAUAGGGUCCCUCCAGAAAUUCUUGCCAUGCAUGAAAACGUUCUUAAGUGUCCUACACCAGGCUGCACAGGCCGGGGCCACGUAAAUAGCAACAGGAAUUCUCAUCGAAGCCUCUCCGGAUGUCCUAUUGCUGCAGCAGAGAAACUGGCCAAAGCUCAAGAGAAGCAUCAGAGCUGUGAUGCAUCCAAAUCAAACCAGGCAUCAGAUCGUGUCUUGAGGCCCAUGUGUUUUGUGAAGCAGUUGGAAAUUCCUCAGUAUGGCUACAGAAACAAUGUUCCUACCACCACACCUCGCUCCAACCUGGCCAAGGAACUAGAGAAGUACUCUAAGACCACCUUUGAAUAUAACAGUUAUGACAACCAUGCCUAUGGAAAGAGAGCCAUAGCACCUAAAGUACAAUCCAGAGAUAUAUCCCCCAAAGGAUAUGAUGCUAAACGCUACUGUAAGAAUUCGAGCCCAACCAGCAGCACCACCAGCAGCUAUGCGCCCAGCAGCAGCAGCAACAUGAGCUGCGGAGGAGGCAGCAGCGCCAGCAGCACCUGCAGCAAGAGCAGCUUUGACUACACCCACGACAUGGAGGCAGCGCACAUGGCUGCCACGGCUAUCCUGAACCUUUCCACUCGCUGCAGAGAAAUGCCCCAGAACCUCUCCACAAAACCUCAGGACCUCUGCUCCAGG